AAUAACUUUUUUUCUUUUCUUCACGAAGAAAAUUUAAUUUAAAGCAACAAAAAAGAAAUAACAAAAAGUUAAAGCUGAUUCAUUGCACAAAGUGAAUGUACCUAACCUAGCCAGUAUACCUAUGUACCUCUUACUCUAGGCAGGCUAAAGCAGAAGUUCGUUGAGUCGUCUUUUUCGUCGGUUCGCCGUCGGUCGUCGGUCGUCGUUCUUCGAAGUGUCGGUCAUAGAAAUAAUUAGAAUGCUUUUAGUUAUUUUGUUGUGGUUUUUAUCUCCCAAGAAGUUUACAUAGUUAAAAGUUCUUGCUUCCAAAGACGAUACAAAAAUUCUGUAAAAUGGUCAUCAAUUUAAUUUCUAAAACAGCAUGGAUUCAAAAAUAUUAUUUAUUUUUUACUAAAGCACCAUUAAGCCCGUUAACUGCAUGUGAAUGUUUCCUUUAAAAUGAAAUUAUAAGUUCCCAUUUUACUAAAAUACAAAACAAAUAUUAAAAUAACAAAAACAAAAUGCAUGUGACCUGCAAAGUUGAUUCUUUUGACGAAGAAUCACUAACCCCAGCUAAUAGUGAAGAUAAGUUUUUUGGUAAUCGAAGAGACUUUUCUAAAUACACUUCCAUAUGUAAUCCAAAAAGUCACAAAUUAAGAACUAGAAGCCUAUACAGCUUAGCCACACCUCCGGAAAAGAGCGAAGAAAUUAAAUUAAAACGCCGAUCCGAAUCAAAUAUACAAACACUUUCGGAUUCAAGUGAUAAAACAACACCAACAAAUAUACAAUUGAAUUUAAAUAGUAAUAUUGAGAUAUUAUAUGAAGUACAAACGGCUAGAGAUACAGAAGAUGAUUCGAAUGUAGAUGAAGAAAGCAAUACACCUGCGGGGACAUGUUGCAGCAGCUUGUCAUUUAAAUCGGUAUUAGGUUUUUGGAAGAGUUCAAAUUGCAAGUGUUCGAAAAGUACAUCAUUAGGUCUUCAAGCUGACGAUAAUCUCAUGUCCGAUAAAAAUAUACGUCGAUUGUCACAGAUCAGGCGACGACGAAAUUCCUACUAUUUUUCGGACAACGAACGAAGAAUUCGGGCCAAUGAUAGAGAAUUUAAUGCGCAAUUUAAAUAUGCUAAUAACUACAUAAAAACGUCCAAAUAUAGCUUAAUGACUUUUCUACCACUCAAUCUAUUAGAACAAUUUCAACGUCUUGCCAACUUCUAUUUUUUGUGCCUUUUGGUACUGCAACUGAUUCCAGCCAUUUCAUCAUUAACACCUAUUACGACAGCAAUACCACUUAUUGGAGUAUUAACUUUAACAGCUGUUAAAGAUGCAUAUGAUGAUAUUCAACGCCAUUUGUCAGAUUCCCAUGUAAAUAAUAGAAAAUCAAAAACCUUGCGAAACGGCAAAUUAGUUGAUGAAAAAUGGUCAGGUGUACAGGUUGGAGAUGUGAUCCGUAUGGAGAACAAUCAGUUUGUUGCUGCCGAUAUAUUAUUAUUAUCAACUAGUGAGCCAAAUGGAUUAUGUUUCAUUGAAACAGCAGAACUUGAUGGCGAAACAAAUUUAAAGUGCAAACAAUGUUUAACAGAAACAAUUGAAAUGGGUCAGAAACAUGACUUGAUCUGGGGCUUUAAUGGCGAGAUUAUCUGUGAACGGCCAAAUAAUCACCUUAAUAAAUUUGAAGGAACACUUUUGUGGAACAAUCAAAGAUUUGCAUUAGACAACGAAAAGAUACUUUUACGUGGAUGUGUUCUAAGGAAUACACAGUGGUGCUAUGGAGUUGUUGUUUUUGCUGGCAAAGAUACAAAACUUAUGCAGAAUUCUGGCAAAACGCAAUUCAAGAGCACUGGAGUAGAUAGACUUUUAAAUUUUAUCAUUAUUGGUAUUGUCCUUUUCCUACUUUCUAUUUGCGCAUUUUUUACUGUUGCUUGUGCACUUUGGGAAGGUUUCAUCGGGCAACAUUUUCAAGUUUACCUACCAUGGGAAAAUAUUAUACCAAAGGACGUUGCUCAGGGUGCCACUAUUAUUGGAUUAUUAGUAUUUUUUUCUUAUGCAAUUGUUCUUAACACUGUUGUGCCAAUAUCUCUCUACGUUUCAGUGGAGGUAAUUCGUUUUGCCCAAUCGUUUUUAAUUAAUUGGGACGAAGAAAUGUGCUAUGAGAAGACCAAAACCCAUGCAAAAGCAAGGACAACAACUCUUAAUGAAGAAUUGGGCCAGAUUCAAUAUAUAUUUUCUGACAAAACUGGAACACUAACACAAAAUGUUAUGACAUUCAAUAAAUGCAGUAUAAAUGGUAAAUCUUUUGGUGAUGUUUACGAUUCGAGGACGGGUGAAGUGAUUGAAAUUACUGAUGAUAUACCAUUAGUGGACUUCUCUUCUAACGUAGAAUAUGAACCUGCUUUCAAAUGGCAUGAUAGGACACUUCUGGAUGCUGUUAAAUCAGACGAGGAGCAUGUGCAUACGUUUUUUCGUUUGCUAGCACUUUGUCAUACAGUUAUGCCGGAGUAUGUUGAUGGAAGAUUAGAGUACCAAGCACAGAGCCCGGAUGAAUCAGCACUGGUAUCGGCAGCAAGAAAUUUUGGUUUUGUUUUUAGGUCUAGGACGCCAAACAGUAUUACAAUAGAAGUUAUGGGUCGAAAAGAGGAAUACGAACUUUUAGGAAUAUUGGAUUUUAACAACGUUAGAAAACGAAUGUCAGUGAUAUUACGUAGAAAUAAUAAGUUAGUUUUAUAUUGCAAAGGAGCAGAUAAUGUUAUUUACGAUAGAUUAAGUUCCAGUCAAUUAGAUAUAAAGGCCCGAACCCAAGAGCAUUUGAAUAAAUUUGCUGGUGAAGGUCUUCGAACUUUGGUGCUAGCCGAACGUCAUUUAGAAGAAGAGUUUUUUAAUUCGUGGCGUCGGAGACAACAAGAAGCAGCGAUUUCCCUCACCGAUCGAGAAGAUAAACUUGAUGCAAUUUAUGAAGAAAUUGAAUGCGAACUGCAAUUAGUUGGUGUAACUGCAAUCGAAGAUAAACUUCAAGAUGGUGUACCGGAGACAAUUGCCAAUCUUCAAAUGGCUGGCAUUAAGAUUUGGGUACUUACUGGUGAUAAGCAAGAAACUGCAAUAAACAUUGGAUAUUCUUGCCAAUUACUCACCGAUGAUUUUGUCGAUGUGUUUAUUGUUGAUGGUACUUCAUUUGACGAAGUUGAAAAACAAUUAAAACUAUUUAAGGAAUCUGUAAAAAUUGUAAAUAAAUUUCAUCCAAAUCCUCCCAUUGUAGAUAAUUUAAGCACAUCUCUAAAUAAACCAAACCAAAAUGGAAUAUCUUCUAUGAAUGAAUCUAAACCAUCAGUGCCAUCACCACCUGCGAUAUCUGUGGUAACUUUUAGCGCUGAAUGUAAUGAAAUGUACGACGAGAUGGAAAGAAACUCAGCAAAGGUUCAUAUAGAUACGGAAGAACGUGUUGGCUUUGCCAUUGUUGUUAAUGGACAUUCACUUGUUCAUUGUCUUUCGCCGGAACUUGAAUCGAGAUUUCUCGAUAUUGCUGGACAAUGCAAGUCGGUUAUAUGUUGCCGAGUAACGCCACUUCAAAAAGCUUUAGUCGUUGAGCUUAUAAAACGUUCAAGAAAUGCAGUAACGUUGGCUAUAGGUGAUGGAGCCAAUGACGUCUCAAUGAUAAAAGCGGCACAUAUCGGUGUAGGAAUAUCAGGGCAAGAAGGACUGCAGGCAGUACUCGCUAGUGAUUACUCGAUUGCACAAUUUCGAUAUCUUGAACGCCUUCUUUUAGUACACGGACGCUGGUCGUACUAUAGAAUGUGUAAAUUUUUACGAUACUUUUUUUAUAAAAACUUUGCCUUCACUUUAUGCCAUUGUUGGUAUUCGUUUUUUUGUGGUUUUAGCGCGCAGACCGUUUUUGACCCGAUGUUUAUAUCAGUAUACAAUCUAUUCUACACAUCACUGCCAGUUUUAGCGCUUGGUGUUUUCGAACAAGACGUUUCUGACAAACAUAGUGUAGAAUUUCCAAAGCUUUAUACACCCGGAUUGAAGAGUUCCCUCUUCAAUACUCAGGAAUUCGUGCGUAGCGUAUUGCACGGAGUCUUUAGUUCCCUAGUCCUAUUUUUAAUUCCAUAUGGAACGUACAAAGAUGGAAUCUCAUCAGGUGGUUAUAUUUUAAGUGAUCAUAUGACUCUGGGAGCUGUUGUGGCAACAAUACUAAUCAUAGAUAACACAGCUCAGAUCGCUCUUUAUACAUCCUAUUGGACCGUAGUUAAUCACAUUAUGAUUUGGGGAAGUCUCAUAUGGUAUUUUAUUUUGGACUAUUUUUAUAAUUACAUUAUUGGUGGACCGUACGUGGGUUCAUUAACACAUGCAAUGAAAGAAGCUACAUUUUGGUGUACCACAGUUAUAACCGUAACCGUCAUUACAAUGCCGGUAUUGGCGUAUAAGUUUUAUUCCGUCGAUCUGUUUCCUAGUUUAUCCGAUAAGAUUCGCUAUAAACAACGAGCUGCUCAAUUAAAGUUAAGACAAGGUACUCAUAUUCAACGCGUUACAUCGAGUAGAAGAGGCCGACGUUCUUUACGAUCUGGAUAUGCAUUUGCUCAUCAGGAAGGUUUUGGCCGUCUUAUUACAUCUGGAAAAAUUAUGCGAAAACUUCCACAAGAGUUCGCAUUCCCACUUGGCCUGGGUACAAAAAGGCAGUUAUCAUCUUCAGAAAUUGACGAAACCAAACAGAACAUUACCACUACAUCUCCCAUUAAUUCUGCAACGCCUUAUAAAUCAGACGAAGUGAGUCCACGCGCACCCUGCCAGGAUUUAGAUACUAUAAAUCUAUAAAUUAUAUUAAUAAAGUCAUGAUAAGAAAAAUUAACGGUUAUAUUGACCAAUUUGCACCAAACCAAGACAAUUUGUGAAACUAGUUAUUAAGUUUAUUAUAAACCUGCAAAAUUAUAGGUUAAAACAAUAGUUGUAUAUAUAAUUAUUAAAUUUAAGCUCAUUUAUCAUGCCUACAUUGCGAGUCUAUACCAAAUAUCUGGAAUCAUAAUUUUACUACGAAAUCCAAAAUUGAAUGCUUUGCAACUUCGUGCGUCGUCGUGGGUAUGGUGUUUUGGCAAAUUUUAUGAAAACGUCCAUAAUACUCCCACUCCCAAAAAUACGACAAUACUUCUGACUCGGAGUUUGUAGUAAAGUUUUAUUUUUGUGCGAUUGUUUAUUGUUUAGUAAUAUUUUUAGUGGACAUUAUUUUCUUCUGCUAAGACUUUAUUCAUUUUUGAAUACUUUGCUUUAAACAAAUGUCUACAAAAAACAAAAGUAUUAAUUCGGAAUUUCAUGUUAUUAUUUUAUUCAUACUUUAAAAGAGAUACUUAAGUAGUAAUUUAAUAAUAAUUAAUACAUUAAAUUAAAACUGAAUUUAAAUUUUUGUAAAGUUAAAUAAAAAAAUAAGACUUAAAAUAAAAACAAAUUAAAUAAUACAUAAAUAGUAAUAAUAAAAGGAGAGGCUUACUUAAAUUCUUAAAUUAAUAUCAAUCGAAUAUUAGGUAUAUUAACAAUUAUACAUACAUAUAUACGACGAUAUACUACACUAUCUACAUACUACUAUGAUGGAAUAGAAAAAAUUGCAUCACUCAAAGAGGUUAACUACUAAUAUUUCCUAAAUCGUACAAUUAAUACAAAAUAAAAGAUAUUUAGAUUUUUCUAUGAAACAGGAGAAAAUGUUCGAUUGAAUCACCAAAAACGUGUCUUGUCGUUUAAUUAAUUUAAAAUUCCCAAUUUUUGCCUUAUAUUCUGCUUUAUCUUAAAAAUAAACAAUAAACAAUAAACAACAACUAAAUAAUAAUAAUAGAGUAAAAAUAAUGUAUGUUUUAAUUGAUUAGUUUCUGUAUUUAAUAUUAUUUUAUUUUUUAAAAAAUGUGUAGGUAUGUAUAUCUUUUGGAUUUUUAUUUUGUAACUGACACCAAAUAAUAUUAUGUGACAAAUCUUUUACUGUAAAGAAUAUUAAAUUGUAAGGAAUUGUCUAGUUCCAAUUUAUUUAGUAAUAAAACAUAAGAAAUUAUUUUAAGUAAAA